AGCGUUGUCUUCACUCCCUGUACCACUCAGCUGGGAUCACACUUUCAUCUGUCGUAGCAGGACUUGGUGCACCAAGAGGCUCCCUCCCAGUACAAAUCCAUCAUGUCGCUCAGGCUCCUGCCUGCUAUUAUAAUGGACAAUGACGAGGACGACGACGGUAACUUCACAAAAUGGAUGAGUAGUUACUGGGGCCACGGAGCAGAAACCGGACACGCCAGAGACAGAAAACGCAGUUUCCGAAGAUCUGCAAAAGCACAUGUUGAUCGAAGAGCAUCACUUCCAACUGUGGCACAAUUAGAUGCCAUGAAGCUGAACAAGCUCCAUGCAGCGGCAAUGGCGCCAUCUCCCAGCCACGUCAAGACAAAAGAGGAGAAGGCGGAGGUCAGACCCCACCAGAGAGCUCGUCGUGCCUCCUCAGAUGACAACAGCCGUCCAAAAUCAGCCAUCCCAGAGAACCGCAUCACCACGAUCCCAGAGCUCACAGAGUCAUUCGAUAAGAGAUUCUGUGUCCGUGAUAAGAGGACCGUGCCACCGAAUGACGACGACGACAAGUUGUGCCUGAUCUGCCAUGAGGACAUGCGUAAAAAUGGUGGAGUUCAAGAGCAGCACUGUACACACCGCUUCCACAAAGAGGCGGCUCGGAGGUUAGAGCAGUGUCGGCCCCGCAGCAGCAGCGAGGCAGCAGUUUGUCAGGUGAGGAGACUCUCGGAUGAGAGGAGGAAGUCGGUAGACGGACCAAUCUCCACGGAGAAGGAGCAACACACACCCCGUCGUCAACUUUCCCUGCGGAAACAUCGCUGAUAUCAUUCUGUGGAAGGAGGAGACUCGUUUUGAGAAGAUGGAGGACCCAUUGCACCCAUGGGCCAAACAUCAGGAUUGUUUCCUGUGCUUUUACUACUAUGUGGUGUGACACUGAAGUGAUUCGAGUGUUCAACUCUCAGGGCUUUGACUGUGCCUGACCUGAGUCUUUGAAACUGCCCUGUGGGCCCUAUUGCUAUGUCAGUCGUGGAGUCAUAACUCUUUCUCCUCAGUGUCAAAAGCUAAAUCUGGGAGCAUUCAUAAGUGAGCGUUCAUAAAUUAAAGCCCAUGAAAUGAAU